AGUCCAUGCUUGAGAAGCGAAUAGGCCCAAGCAUCUUUCUUCCGGUGUUCAAUCAUCACAGUUUGGAGUCGGCUGGGAUCGGCUUCAAGCCCCCAAGAAUGGCUCCGAGGUAUUCCCUGGCUGUCGGCCUAAGUAGAGGCUAUCCAGUGACGAAGAAUGAGAGGAAACCGAAGCCUUCUAGCCGAAAAGGGCACACAUCCAAGCACACCAAGUUCAUCAGAGACAUCGUGAGGGAGGUGUGUGGGUUUGCACCUUAUGAAAGGAGGGCAAUGGAGUUGCUGAAAGUCUCCAAGGACAAGAGGGCCCUCAAAUUCUUGAAGAAAAGGUUGGGGACUCAUGUCCGAGCCAAGAGGAAGCGUGAAGAGCUCUCCAAUGUGCUGACUCAGAUGAGAAAGGCUGCAGCUGCCGCGCAGAAAUAAAAUCUUAUCUUCUCCGGGUUGUC